AUGGAGGACAUUGCAAACCAGAAUGUGGUUAUUUCCUUCGUUCACACUCAGCCUUGGGUUCUGUACUUUGAUGGUAGCAGCACCAAUCAUUUGUCUGGAGCGGGUGUUGCAUUGGUUAACCCGUCUGGCGUCAGACAUUGUUAUUCAUUUCAGCUGGAGUGGAAGUGCACUAACAAUCAGGCAGAAUAUGAGGCCAUCAUCAUUGGCUUGGAGUUGUUGCUUGAUCUGGAGGUCACCGAGGUAGAGGUAUUAGGUGAUUCCCUCCUAGUUAUUAACCAGCUCAAGGGGGUCUACAAGUGCAACAACUUUACAUUACUCCCUUUUUUAGCACGAGCAUCGGAAUUGUUAGACCAAUUUGCAGACGUGGUGCUUGACUAUAUUCCUCGCGAACGAAAUUUCGCUGCCAAUGAACUCACACAGUUAGCUACGGGUAUUUGCUUGGCAGAUGGCGUUUGUGAAAGGAUUUUGAAGGUUCAGAGACGCACAUUACCUUCCUUUAUGGCAAGGAAAGAGCGGCAGCCGAUCAUCCAGUACCUCACUGAUCCUUCUGCACCGGUGGAUAAGAGGGUUAGAUAUUUUGCUACUAACUACGUCCUUCGAGGCGGUGAGCUAUUGCGCAGAGCAGAAGAUGGUUUGUACCUGCGAUGUAUCUAUGGGGCUGAGGCUAAGAGGUGCUUACGAGAGGUUAACUGUGGCAAUUGUGGUUCUCACCAGGCUGGUCUAAAGAUGCAGUGGCUCAUUCGCCGAUAUGGUUUUUAUUGGCCUACCAUGCUCAAGGACUGUCGCGGAUGGGCUUUAGACUUUAUUGGGGAGAUUCAUCCCAAUUCUUCUUUGCAGCACAAGCACAUUCUACUGGCUACAGAUUUCUUCACCAAGUGGGUCAAGGCUAUACCAAUCAGGACGACAUCUUCAGAGGUGAUUACUGACUUUAUCUUCAAAUAUAUUAUCACCAGGUAUGGCAUUCUAGAGUGUUUGGUAGCAGACAGGGGGGCAGGUUUCAUGGCUGAAAAGACCCAGACGUUAUUAGCUGGCUAUGGGAUCAAGUUUCUGCAUUCCAGUCCUUAUUAUGCUCAAGCGAAUGGCCAGUCAGAAGCUAGCAACCGCGUCAUUAUGUUGGAUGCAAAUCCGCGAUCUUGGCACACAGAGUUGGAUCACACGUUAUGGGCUUAUCGAACUUCCAAACGAACUCCAACUGUCGCUGAGGACGCAGCUUUGGAGUUUGGGGACUUAGUGUGGAAAGCUUGUUUGCCCUACGGCGAGCGAGUUGAUGGUCGUGGUAAAUGGUCUGCUAAGAAUGAAGGUCCUUUUGUGAUUGAUCAAGUAAUGGGAAAGGGCGCCUACUACCUUCGCGACACUGAUGGGAAUGUUCACAGAAAUCCCAUGAAUGGUCGUCAUCUUAAGAAGUACUUUCCUAGUGUUUGGGAGUAUGAAGAUCCACCGGCAGCGGUGCAAUCAACAUAG